AGCAAGAAAAACAACAAAGAAUAAUAAUUUGUGCUAAAGCGAAAAACACAUAAAAAAAAUAACUAAUUAUAUCAGAGUGUUGAAUUUCGACGUAAGCUCGUAGAGAAAAAAAACGCUAGAAGUGCAGCUGAAAGCCAAACUGAUUUUUGGCCUACAUAAUUUAAUUACUGACACCUGUGCAGUACGCCCCCCUCCAAGCCAGCCCAGGGCCAAAGCAACGGAAAUACCAGCGAUACGCUUCAGUGCAAGUGGAGGCCAGCUAGCUGACCACACCCACAUCAAAAGCAGAGGUAAAAAUGCACCUGAGCGCCGAUAUUUCCAGUGCCUUGCAGCAAAUCGAAGCUGUGAAAAAAGGCAUCGACGAGUCCGAGGAUGCGAAGCUGCAAUUGCAAACGGCGGACAGUUUAAAUACUAUACUGGGCAUACUGACAGAUCCGGUUUUCCGUACCAUUGCCCAUGUGCAGGAGUCGCUGUACGAGCUGGGCAUACAGCUGGGCCAACAUCCGUCCAUGUUGCCCAACGACUUUGACAUCGAUGUCUCCGGGAAUCUGGUGCUCAGCCUGAAUGGCGGGGAUGUUAUGUACGAUUCGUCGGCGCCAGCUAGUCCGGACAAGUCCAGCUCAACGGGCGAGGGUGAGGCGCGUCCACAAAGCCAAAACUCGAAGUCGGCCGCCGCCGAUUUAUAUGCCACGGACUAUGCCCAAAUCCAGGCCAUUGAACUGGUCAACGAUGGCACUGGCUUGGGCUUUGGCAUAAUUGGGGCGCGCAACUCGGGCGUCAUUGUGAAGACCAUCUUGCCAGGCGGCGUGGCAGAUCGUGAUGGGCGCCUGCGCUCCGGGGAUCAUAUUCUGCAAAUUGGCGAUGUCAAUCUGCACGAGAUGGUUUCCGAGCAGGUGGCCGCGGUGCUGCGGCAGUCGGGCACACAUGUGCGCCUCGUGGUGGUGCGUCCCAUUGAACAGAGUCUGCCCACGCCACAAUAUGCCUUGGAGCCGGGCAGCGCUGUGGUGCCCACGCGCGUGCUCGUCGAUCCUGCUGAGCUAGAGCGCUAUCUCAUCUCGACCGGCUAUCCAGAGAUCUUUGGCGAGAGCUCGACGGCAUCUACGCCGCAAACGACCACGGAGGAUGAACGCUUUGUAUAUCGCGGCGAGACCUCGAUGCUGAUUGAUCCCAGCAUUGAUCUGGACGAGCUGCUGGCCCUGCCCGAAACGGAGAAGCUGCAGGUGGAGCUGAAGAAAGAUGCCAACGGCUUGGGCAUCACCAUUGCCGGCUAUGUGUGCGAAAAGGAGGAGCUCUCGGGCAUCUUUGUGAAGAGCGUCUCGCCGGGAUCAGCGGCGGAUCUGAGCGGACGCAUACGCGUCAACGAUCGCAUCAUCGAGGUAGAUGGCCAAUCGCUGCAGGGCUAUUCCAAUCAUCAGGCUGUCGAGCUGCUGAAGAAGUCCGGCCAGGUGGUCAAUCUGCGCCUCGAGCGCUAUUUGCGCGGUCCCAAAUAUGAGCAGCUGCAGCAGGCCAUUGCCGCCAAUGCCAACGAGAAGCUGCCCGCCAGUGCACCUGGCACACCCUCGCGCGCGCCCUUGCCAACGCCCUCGUCCACUGCCACAGCUGCCGCCAGCAUCUCGUCUGCAACAGCGACCUCCAGGGAGCUGGAGGAUGAGACACUGCCCGCGCCAGACGCCUUCAUGAUGACCACGCCGCCCUCCAGCUCGCUGGCCACCACCACAACGCUGAGCAGCUUUGGCGCCGGCAAGCAAUUGGUGGCAGUGCGGGAUUCACUCGAAGGCGCGCCCAAGAUUAUACCCACGGAUGUGGUCCAGCUGGCCGAUAAGCAGGAGGCUGUGCAUGCCAAGAACUCUAGUCUUAUCACGCGCCACAAGUACCACAUGGAACCGGAGCUCAGCGAGGAGAUCGAGGCGGAGAUUGUGCGCAAGUGGCAAAAGAUUGUGGGCUCCGACAUGGAGGUGAUUGUGGCACAGAUCAAAAAGUUUGCCGUCGGCGGCCUAGGCAUCUCGCUGGAGGGCACCGUCGAUGUGGAGGGUGGACGCGAAGUGCGUCCACAUCAUUAUAUACGCUCCAUACUGCCCGACGGCCCGGUGGGUGUCAAUGGCGUGUUGCGCUCGGGCGAUGAGCUGCUGGAGGUUAACGGCGAGCGCUUGCUGGGCAUGAAUCAUCUGGAAGUUGUGGCCAUAUUGAAGGAGUUGCCAUUGGACGUGCGCAUGGUGUGUGGACGCAGCAAGGGCACCACGCUGUUGCCCUUCUCAGAUGACACCUUGAAGAAACUGAGCAACAAUUUUGAAAACCUGCUGCCGGCCACGGAUCGUCUGGUGAAGGCCAAGUCCGACGGCAGCCUGGCCACAGCUGGCUCAGUGGCCGAUGCGGACAACGUGGCCGUGGCGGCCUCGUCGUUCAACAAGCUGAAAUCUCGCUCACUGGAGCCGCUCACCGGCCUGGCCAUGUGGUCGUCGCAGCCGCAAAUAAUUGAGCUGCUGAAAGGGGAUCGCGGCUUGGGCUUUUCCAUACUGGACUACCAGGAUCCCUUGGACUCGAACGAUACGCUGAUUGUCAUACGCUCGCUUGUGCCCGGCGGCGUGGCUCAGCUGGAUGGCAGGCUUAUACCAGGCGAUCGGCUGCUGUUUGUGAACUCCAUUAAUUUGGAGAACGCUUCGCUAGAUCAGGCCGUGCAGGCCUUAAAGGGCGCACCCAAGGGCGUGGUACGCAUCGGCGUGGCCAAGCCGCUGCCAAUGACCGAUAACUCGCUGAAGGCGUGCAGCAAUGCCAGCACCACCAGCGAGGAGACACUCGAUGCCCAGCAAUCACCGCCAGCGCUGCCCACAGCGGCGCCUCCAACAGCAGCCAAGGGUGCAGAGCCGGAUCUGAUACCCGACUGGCGCAAGUAGACGCUGCAUCAGUAUGCUGUUAU